UUGGGAGAGCGCGCUGCGUUUCCGCGCUGUCAUUGUUUCCGUUUCCACCUCCGAGAAGCCUCACGCCCCCACAUAUCUUUGUGUAUUGCCUUCAGACUGUCGCGUUGCAUUUAGUUUGGGAUAUCUUUAGUCGGUGAGGAGUUAAUUUUCUUUUCAACCAUGGGGGACAUCGAGGCUCCCAACUCGAGCCAGCCGCGCCCGAGUAUCUUACUCUCCGUUCUUCCGAGCAAAGAGUUCGCCUCUUCAAGGAAAGGAAUGCUGCUUAUUGCUGAAGUGGCUCUGUCCUUCGUAUCGUUUGUGUGUUUCGCUGCAUCCACAGCAGCAGCCUUUGUGACAGUUCCCCUGCUGGAGUUCCUAGCUGCUCUCUUCUUGCUGUUUGCAUACUCCACCAAGUUCAACGAGAGGUUUAAGGGCUUCCUCUGGCCUCUAAUGGAUUUCAUGAGAUGUGUGACGGCCUCUAUCAUCUUUUUUAUCAUUUCCAUUAUUGCAGUGUCCAAAUAUGUGGACGGUUCCUCCAAGGCAGCCGGGAUAUUUGGGUUCAUUGCCACCAUCGUAUUUGCUCUAGAUUUUUACCUCAUUUUUAAUGAGCUGGCCAGUUUCCUAAAGCAAGGAGGGGAGUCCAACGAUGAGCCAUCAAGACAGCAAGAUGAAUAUUCAGACUCUGAUUCAGACUGAGACCACACUGAUCCUCAAACCUUUGCAGAAGACAUGGCUGUAGCUUCACUGUCAUCUGCAAGUAUUUCAUCAAUCCUCAUGGUUACGUUAAUACUGUGUACAGUCGAAAUCACAUUAAGCUCACAUUGACUGUUGGUUCAUUAAGUGCAUUCAUUUGGCAGUUUGGGGACUCUUCCAGCAGUCUUCUAGAGCCAGGCAUUUAUCCUCUUUGAAUAAAUGACUGUUGGGCAUCCACGUGUAGAGAGGUGUUUUACAGAUUUAUCAUAUCAACAAAUUCAGGAAACAAAACCAUUAUGUUGUUUUUUAACCACUAAAUGCUUAUUACAAAUAGUAUGGAGAGAAAAUAAUUUUCCAUUCUCACCUUUAUAUCCAACGUCUUUUUGGGGAAAAAAAUUAAAUGAAAUGAUCAACCUGACUCUUUAACUAUUACAAAGCUGUGAAACUUGUCUGGUCUUGUACUUGGACUUUGUAGAGGUUGUUUCUACAUUUGGAAGUAUUUGUUUAUUUCUGAAAUAAUUAAUUUUGACUUUUAGGGAAUGUGCCAUGACAAUAUUUACAGAAAUAUUAAACUACAACACUAAAUCAAUGCACUUGGUGAAUAAAUGCUCUAGAGUACUCAUAAUGAGGUUGUUACGUAGAAGCUUUGAAUAAAAAAGAUGAAAGAUAAAAGGAACAUGUAAGUAGGACAUCAUCAACAUCAUUUAUCAUUUCACAGCAGAACUAUAACAUAUAUGAGACCAGAUUGGUUGCAGGUUGGCUGGUUACAACCUUUGUCUAACUGCCUUUAUGCUUACAGGAGUGUAUUUUUAUUUUUAUAAUGGAUGAUGUUCGCUUAUCAGCCUUUAAAUAUGACUAUCAACAGAGUUCAUGUGGCAUGCUUUGCUGUGUGACAUCACAACUUUUACUGGUUGUUUAUCCCCAAAAUGUCCCAAAAUGUUCAUGUUUGAGAGUUGUUGUGUGGAUUUAGGUUACAGAAAUGACGAUACGUUUCAAACGUAUUCAUUUACCCCAAAUAUAGAGACACUGCUUUACUGUUUGUUUACUGUAUGUGCUUCUUCCAACCUGUCUGUAUGAAAAAUUGUGAAUUGAAGCUACGUGAUCCAGUAUUAUUUUUGUUGAAUUCGAAAUGUCCUGUAUGUGAAUCAUUGCUUUGUAUUGAAAACCUCUUUUUCUUAUUUUAGUUGUGCAUUCAUAUUUUUUUUCAAUUUCUCAGCUACUGAGAAAUUAGAGGCACUAGAAAGCCACAGUGACUGUUUAUAAUGUAACGCAUGCUGCACUACCUAAGUGUUGUGAUGGUGUUGUACAUUAAAUAUGAAAGAGUGAAAAUUGGCACCAGUGGCUUUUAAUUUCCAUGUUGAAUUUCAACUUUUGUGCACCUAGAGGGCGUAAUAGUAGAUGAGAAAAUACUUCCAAAGUUGUGGCUACAGUAUAUCCAAUAAUUAAACACUAUUGUGCCUUGUAUGGGCUAAUUGUAAUAUUUUGUUACUUCAUUGAUUUUAUAACAGGUAUCUCUUUUUCAUAAACUGAGGAAAUUGCACUGUUUCAAGCUUUGUGAUCAUAUGUUUUUCAAAUAGUCCAAGAAGUUUUUUUUAUUAUUUAUCCUAAGAAGUCAGACAUUUCUCAAAACAUAAAAGAAUGCUUAAGCCUUCAGUGUGAAAAAUUUGGAUACUGUACAAAACUUUCACUAGACAGCAAAGACACUCAGUCACACCGCCUUGAAGAUGCCUGCACAAUUUGAUAAAUAAUCUUACAAUCAGGAUUCAUUUGGUACCAUUUUAUAAUUGAGGCCUCUUGCUGAACUGUUAUGAUUGAAAUAUAGUUGGCUUUUUACUGUUUUGCCUCUUUGUGCAACAAAUGUUUGAAUAAAAACCUGACCUGUUUUCAA